UUAAGUUCUGUUCCUCUUUGGACCAAUACAACGGUUUGUAGUAUCCGGGAAAGUAUACCGAUUACGUCAGCCGUUCGAUCAAGCUUUAAAGAAGCAAGAUCCAGAAAGGGGAGAGAGAAUGUAAUAUUAUAAGCAUACGGCCAUGGUGCACGGCAGUUGAGAACGAAAUAUUGCAGAUCAAAGCUAUCGAGGGUUUCCGUAAGGUUUUGAAUCGUGUUGUUGCUGUCUGGAAAACACAGGUGUGACUGAGUGGCGUAAUAUCUUGCUUUUCUGUAGCGACUCGAGGCUAUGGCAGAACAUUUAGCAUCAAUAUUUGGUACUGAGAAAGAUAGGGUCAAUUGCCCUUUCUAUUUUAAAAUCGGAGCCUGCAGGCAUGGGGAUCGAUGUUCACGUUUGCACACAAGGCCUAGCAUUAGCCCAACUCUUCUUUUAUCUAACAUGUAUCAGAGACCAGAUAUGGUGACCCCAGGCAUGGAUCCACAGGGUCAUGCAAUGGAUCCUCGAAAGAUUCAGGAACAUUUUGAGGAUUUCUAUGAAGAUUUAUUUGAGGAGCUCAGCAAGCAUGGCGAGAUUGAAAGCCUUAAUGUUUGUGACAACUUAGCAGAUCACAUGGUUGGUAAUGUAUAUGUGCAAUUCAGGGAAGAGGAACAUGCUGCUGCAGCUCUGAGAGCUUUGACUGGCAGAUUUUAUGCAGGACGGCCAAUCAUAGUUGAUUUCUCUCCUGUCACCGACUUUCGCGAAGCUACUUGCAGGCAAUAUGAAGAGAAUACAUGCAACCGUGGUGGAUAUUGUAACUUCAUGCACCUUAAGAAGAUCAGCAGAGAGUUGCGGAGACAACUUUUUGGAAGGUACAGACGAUACUACAGCCACAGUAGAAGUCGGAGUAUAAGUAACAGCCCUACAAGGUCCAUGGAGCGACAUUGUGGCUAUAAUGAUCGCCCUCAUGGUGGUCGAGGUCAUGGUAGGAGGGAUGAUGACAGAGAUUAUCAUGAUGAUCGCCAUGGUCGAAGGCCACGGAGCAGAAGUCCAGGCCAUCGACGAGGCCGGAGCAGGAGUCGCAGCCCCAAGAGGAACAGAAGUCCAAUCCGAGGAGGAAGUGCUGAGAGGAGAGCCAAGAUUGAACAGUGGAACAGAGAAAGAGAACAAGCUGCAGCAGCUGCGAAUGCUUAUGUGUCAUCACGGAAUGGAGAUGGAUACUCAUACCAGUCUGGUUAUGGUUACUAGCUACAGCAGCCAUCCAUUUGGUUUGCCCCAUAUCUCAUCUGAAAUCUCUAUUGUGCCUUGUCCGGUGCAAAGGUUGCCUUUCUCCAGUAGUUAUGUAAGAAUAGCUUACAAGUCACUUUACACUGUGCAGGUGGUGUGCAGGUUCACGAUUAUGUUCUUCCAAUCAAAAAAACUUCUUUCCAUUUUUUUGUGUGAGAUGAUAUGAUUGCAGGAUAUCUUUGUGUGUCUUAUGCUUUUUUCUUGUUCAGUUAGGGCCACUUUUUAAGCUUUUUUUAAUUGUUCACAUGUACACCACUGUGAGUUUUAUUUCGUUUUAUUUCUUUCAAGAUUCCUAGAAUAAGGGUGGGCUGUGUCUUUUUCCAUAGUGCUUUCUCAUUUAGAGUUGCUUGUUCAUAAGAAAUGUGAUCUCACAGUCUUGCAUGAGGUUUUGCAGGUUCAGGAUCCCUGCUUCUCAGGAUGGAGUUAAAGUUUAUGCAGCUCACAUAAAAUUUGUGUACAGGUGCAUUUGCUGCUGGUGUAAUGUGCAUGAAUUGUUGGAAGGCGUACUCCAAAAAAUUCUGGAGCUAUGUUUUGGGAUGAGGAAACAUGGAGCCUACAAUGCUCUUGACAUUGCGGGUUUUGCUGAAGGUCUUCUCUCUUUUGUAGAGUCAUGUUUUGUGCAGGGACAGGUCCCCCUUUUUAUCUGUAAGAUUUUAUUUCUUUAUGCAGGGUUUAGGAAUGUAGUAUCUUGUUUCCUCUAAGAGGUUUUGCAGGUACAGGAAUUUAAAAUUGUUAUUACUGACAAUUGGGAUUUAGGCUCCGAAUCUCGCAAAAUUCAAACAGGGUUCUGAUUACUAAGCCUCAUCUUGUUCUAUUUGUGAACCUUUUUUGUAACUGACCAUAUUAGAUAGGGUGUUUAAGCUGUUCGAAAAAUGGUGUCUGCAAGAUUUUCUUAAAGAACUGGACAUGAGACAUUUUUGUAUAAAUUGUUAUUAUUGGUGUUCUAAAUCAAACCAUUGUUAGGAGUUA